AUGUCGACAGUUCUAUUGGCCGUUAUUGCAGUGAUACUAUGUAUACUUUUCCGAAUCUUAAACGUGAACAGCCAACCUCACAAGCCUCUUAUAUAUGGACGAGAUAAAAAUUUCAUUGAAAAUAUUCUUUUUAUUGCUCCCUUUCUGACUGAGCCUUAUAUACCGACACGGUUAUGGGGAUUCAGUGGGCAUGUACAGACAAUUCUGCACAGUCUAAUUGGUCGCGUCCGUUGUCCCUGGCCGAUUGGAGCACGAAUCUCCUUAGUCCUACCUGAUCGUUCUACUCUCACCUAUGAUCUGUAUGAACCUGUUGGAGCUGAACAUGAAGAUGACGUUACAGUUGCUAUCUGUCCCGGUAUCGGCAACACAUCGGAGAGUGUUUAUAUCAGAACCUAUGUGCAUUACUCGCAGCGCCAUGGGUACAGGUGUGCCGUACUCAACCACAUCGGAGCCUUGAACAGCGUACCUGUUACGGGAGCAAGAAUAUUCUCUUACGGUCACACAGACGACUUCAACUACAUGGUGGAGAAUCUCAUGGAGCGAUAUCCUAACACGAAGUUGGUUCUGGUGGGGUUCAGCCUCGGCGGUAAUUUGAUAACCAAGUACUUGGGCGAGGAGAGGAAGAGGCCGAAGAAUAUUAUCGGCGGGAUCUCUAUAUGCCAGGGAUAUAACGCUAUUGAUACAAUGGUCUACCUCCUCCAAUGGCAGAACUUCCGUCGCUUCUACCUGUACAUCAUGACAGACAAUUACCGGAACAUCAUAACUCGUCACAAGCGAAUGCUUCUCAACCAGGACAUGAAGAGUAAAUACAAGCUGGACGAGAAGAUGAUUGUCUCAGCCGGUACACUCCCAGAUUUGGACGAGGCUUAUUCUAGGAGAGUGUACGGGUUCAAUUCCGUGACAGAAUUGUACAAGUGGAGUUCGUCAGCGUUCUACUUGGAGCGAGUGAAGACUCCGAUGAUAUUCAUCAAUGCUAGAGAUGAUCCAAUAGUACCUGAUCCGCUCUUGCCCAUCGUCAGGGAGUUUGUUAGUUCGCACGACAAAAAGAUGUUUCUGGAGUCAGCGCAUGGCGGCCACUUAGGAUUCUAUGAAGGCGGACUUCUCUUCGCCAACCCUGUGACUUGGCUCGACCGUGCCCUCGUUGGCUUAGUUGGGGGCCUUCUCAUGGCACAUAAUAAGUGCUCACCAAAGGAACACGUCGAACACGCAGACUACACCGUCUCCGAUGAAGAGCCGGACUUAAUCAAAUCAGCAACGAUACUCUACCGCGAUCCGCUGGACAAAACCCAAUUACAUUCCUAA